GUUUAACAUUGACUUGCUGCGCACUGGAUGUCGUUAUGGAUAAACUCACAGAUUUCGAGCCUGGAUUUCUGGCUGCUUCAAAGAACUUUGACGAAAAUGACUUGAAAGUUGAUUUGUCUGGCAAAUCAUUUAUGUUGACCGGAGCAAACACAGGCAUUGGGAAAAGCGUAACUAUGGAACUUGCUAAACGAGGUGGCACAGUCCAUAUGCUUUGCCAGUAUGCGGACGAGGAAACGAGGAAAGAGGUUGUUGAGAAAACUGGGAACGAGAACAUACAUCUACACGUACUGGAGCUAUCCAAGCCCAGAGAGGUCUACGAAUUUGCAACAAAGUUCGCGAAGGACUGGAAGGAGCUUCAUGUUUUGGUGAACAAUGCUGCAGAUGUAGUAUAUACAAGAGAGAUUACGGACUUCGGUUUUGAAAAAAACUUCGCAAUAAAUACCAUGGGGCCGUACCUUCUUACGAAGACUUUGCUACCGACCAUCAACAAGACGCCUGGAUCACGAGUGAUCAUGGUUUCUACAUGCGGUGUCUACCCAGAAAAACUGAAUCUCUCCGAUCUUAACAACGAAAACAUGGAACCAUUCGAUGGACACGAUUGCUAUGCACGGGGCAAGCGUCAACAACUGAUCAUGACUGAAAUGUGGGCCAAGGAGUAUCCGAACGUGCACUUCUCGGCAAUGCGUCCUGGGAUAACGGACACGCCAUUGUUGUACAAAUUCCUUCGAGUGACUAAGAGGACCCGUGAUGGAAAGAGCAAACUGCGCGCACCGGAACAGGGUGCGGAUACCGUCGUGUGGCUGUGUGUUGCAGAGAAGGUCGCUCAACAACCAAGUGCGCAGUUGUAUUUGGAUCGUUCGGUCAUUUCUAUGCAUAAACCUGAACUGGACACGGACUCCCCAUUGGAAGAGAAACAACAACUCAUGCGCACUCUGGAAAAACUGGCUGAUGACGUCAGAAAAGAUGCAUAGAUCAAAGGUCAUUGAUGCAAAAUGUCACAGUUCAAAAAUAGUAAUUUUUAUAACUCGGGGUUCAACAUUAUAUUUUAUCUAUAAUUUGGACAAAAUAUCGGGUUUGUUUCUGACAUUUAUUGAUCUUUCUGCCUCCUUUGGAACUAUUUAUUAUGACGUCCUUCUUGUAUCUGUGUCAAAGUAUCUACUCUAAGAUGGGGCACAAUCAUAGUUUUAAAGUUUUAGUGAUACAACGGUACAACAAUUUGAGGUCGUGUAAAGAUUAUAAGGUUGUUUUGAUUGUGUCAGUUUGACUCUUUUCUAUUUCGUUUUGGCUGACUAGAGUCCGGGUCAAACUGACCCAGAAGUGCUCAGGCUCCACGUGAUUGUACAACUUGUUUAAAGGCACUGGACACUAUUGGUAACUACUCAAAAUAAGUUUUACCAUUAAAACUACGA